UUACGCACAGACUCUAACGAGGAUACUCGAACAUAAACGAUACUCCAACCCCAGUAAUAACAUAGGGAUGGAGUUUGGAAUUUCAUUAAAACGUAUCACUCAGUGAGACAUUUGUAAAAUAGUGAGGGUUACCAUAGAGGUAGCCUAACUCUUUUAUGCUGCUUUAACUCUGAAAGUUUUCGUUUGGGUGAUUUCGACUCCGAGACGGUUGGCGGGACAUAGAGAAGCGACUGGGAGGGUGUGGGCACGCCACCACUUUUUCAUGUCGGCUCACUAAUGAUGACACUCUUCCAGGAUAAGGACCCAGCUGUAAUUAAAUCUCACUUUUCAAACAACUGGAGGAACUGUGACCAGGACACUAACAAAAGCACAUUUUGGGUAAAAAAACAAGUGCAGGGACAUUUGCAGUACCAGAGGUAGUAGUGCUGCAGUAAUGGAAGAAUCCUCGGAAGACUAUGACAAUUACACCUAUGAUUAUCUGGAGUAUGGAGACUUGGAAAAAGAAAAAGGUGGAUACUCUCAGAAGGAGGCUAUGCACAUCCUAUCAGUUAUCAUAUAUAGUAUUUCCUUCGUGCUCGGUGUCACUGGAAAUGGAAUAGUCAUAUGGGUCACGGCAUUUAAAAGCAAACGGACAGUGAACAGUAUAUGGUUGCUGAACAUGGCUAUCGCAGAUUUUGUGUUUGUGCUCUUUUUGCCCUUCUCCAUCGACUACGUUCUUAGAGACUUCCACUGGUCCUUUGGGCUGGUCAUGUGUAAACUCAACUCGUUUGUGUCUGUGAUGAACAUGUACGCCAGUGUGCUCUUCCUCAUGAUUCUCAGUCUAGACAGGUAUGUCUCAUUGGUCCACCUUAGCUGGUCUCAGAGGUGUCGCACUAUACGGCGAGCCUGGAUCGUGUGUGGCUGUGUGUGGGGGGUGUCUGCUCUACUGAGCCACCCUACUCUGAUAUUCCGUGACACUAUGCACAUAUAUGGCAGGGUGGUGUGCUUCAACAACUUCAAUGUCCAGGAUGAACAUACAGCUGCUGUGAGACAUAUCACACUGGUGGCAGUUCGUACAGCAGUGGGCUUCUUACUGCCCUUCAGUGCCAUCUGCGUGACUGGGAUUCUCCUGGCAAUCAAAGUCCACCAGUCUGAAGAUUCUGUGCGCCUAUCCAGCUUCUCUAAAACAGUUUCCGCUGUCAUUCUGGCCUUCUUUUUUUGCUGGGCACCGUUCCAUACUUUUAGUUUAAUGGAGCUUUCCAUGCACUCUUCAAUGUUUCUACAUACUGUUCUGAAGACAGGUUUUCCUCUUGCUACUAGCUUAGCCUUUUUCAACAGCUGUGUCAACCCUCUCCUCUACAUGUUGGUGGGCAAGAAGGUUCGCCAGCUCCUGAAGCGCUCGUGUCUGGACAUCACAAAGAGUUAUCUGCGGGAGCUCAGCCAGUCCAUCUCUGCAACUGAGUCGGUGACUGUGGCAGACGUCGGUCCUUCAGACAUCCCUCCACCAGAGGAGCCCACAGAAUCAUCAACUGUAUGAUUAUAAUGCAGUACAUCCUAAACUCACAGUUACCUGUAAACAGAAAUCAACAAGAGCUGCUAUUUUACCUUUGAGAGCCAGCCUGACCAUUAUUUUACCAGAUGUGACUUAUUUUAUAUUCUACUUCAGUGUAACAUUUCUGCUUGUUGUUUCAGUUGGCUAUUUCCAAGCAGCAAUUACUCAAUGUGCCAACUUCUGUUGACUGUAAAUUGCCCUCAGUGGAAAACCUGAGUAAAGUCUUGCACUAAAAGUAUAACUUGCACAGGAAAAAAGAGGUAACUUUAAUGAUUUGAAAAAAUAAUCUGAUCCUAAUUACCCCAAAAACAAACAGGAAAGGGGGCCAACCAUCCCCACAGCCUCUGGAACAGGAAUUAUUAGAAGCAGAUCUACCAUUUUCAUAAACACUUUGUAUUUAGAUUUCGAUCUUUCAACAAAUCCAAGUUGGGAAUUUGCAAAUCUCCGUAGGCCUUUUCUUUCCCUUAGGAAUAUAUUACAUUGAAAAGGUAUGUUGUCCUUGCUAAGCUAAUUUCCUGUUACAGUGUUCUCUGUUAUUAUACACUAUAAAAAAUGCUGGGUUAUAAACAUCCCAAUGUGGGUAAAUAUU